AAGUAUGAGCGUCAAUGUUUAUUUUUGUACGGAAUUAUAAACAUGGCAUUUUUGUUGGGAAAAUUGCAGUUUUGGACACUUAAAAAUGAACUUUUGAUUAGUGAUUCCGACAUAGGCUGCUACAAAACUUACGAUAAAGGUGAAAACGUAGAACAAACGUAUUUUUUAGAUAAGCAGGAAUUUUCCGAAGGAAGAGACGUCGUUUGGGUUCCAAGGAAUAAAAGACCCGAGAAAUUACGAGACUGUUUGAAAGAAUUUGAAGAAUUACAAAGUAAUCAGCGGUGUGUAAUUGCAAGAUGGGAAAAAAAUGACAUCGUUCAAAUUGUAUUUAAUAAUGGAGUACUUGUCACGCUCUCCAUUUCUUCAGAAAAUACUUGUUUGGAGCAUAUCAUAUUAGAUAAUUAUCUCGUGGGAAAAUUAGUAUCCGAUCACGUUGUGGAUGUUAUCGUCGAAGACAAAUUUAUUCUAUUUUCUUACGUCGAACCGAAGCUGACUUGUAUUCAUUUUGGUAAACACUCGCAGUCCAUAGAUAGGUAUAAGAGAGGUGAAAGAAUGGCCUCGUUAGAACCCAAAUUGACCGUCGUCGAUUUAAUCGGACCCACUGGUCGCCGUCUGGAGAGAAAACUGUCUGUAAAUUCUCUACGCGAAUGCGUUCUUGUGUGGUGGCGUAUAGGAAAUGAAGAAGUUUGGCCCUGGAUGCCGCUUAAUUCCGACAAGGAUCGUGCGAGUAUGGCGGUUUAUUCGUUAGUCAAUUCUCACGUGGAACUGUUGUGUUUUACAAAAGUCGAAGGGGAACUACUGCGAGCCAAAUUUAGUCGUUAUGAAUCUAAUCGAAUCUUUACCAUCGAGAGUAGUAGUGGUAGAAAUGCGGCCGUCAAUCUUAACAUAUAUGAAAUUUCUCAAAAUAAGUUUCACUGUUUAAAUGUUACUACGAUUCCGAAUCAGACUCGUAUAGUUGCAUCUCGGUGGAACAUGGAAGAGACAAAAGUUUUAAUUUCUUUUGACGACAGGUCACUGAUUUUGUAUGAUUUUAUCAGACAGAAUUGUCGCUCGGUCAUUUCUUCAUUUGUUUGUUCGUUUAUUGCAUGGCAUCCAUUAGAUACAAUAAUAAUAGUGAGCAGCGAAAAAGGCCAGCUACGGUGCUACGACUGUGCUCUUUCUUCGAUUAAACUGCAGCUUCUUUCAGACGAUUUUGCCGCUUCGAAUAUUUUGGAAAUACCUGAUUACUUUAGAUAUCAACCUACUCUGACGAAACUUUUUUGGGAACAUCCAGAAACUUUGUUAAAUAAGAAUAGAACUUACUUAAAAACACAUUGCACGAUGUGUCUUCUUUUUAAUCGCGGACCUUUGGCUCUCUUGACGUUUUCUCUUGGAACGAUCAGCAGAGAUUGGAACAGCCAGAGCGAAACGAGUUAUCAAUGUAUGAAUAAAAUCAUUCAGUAUCUUCUCCGGAAACCAUUGAACAGAGAUAGGGAAUCUCAAUUAGAAAGUGCACUUGGAAGCUUUUAUAAGCCACUGAAGCCUUUGUCCGACGUUAUAAUAAUGGAGUACAGAGACAGAGUUAGCUCAUUAGCAAGACGUUUCUUCCAUCAUCUUCUGAGAUAUCAAAAGUUUGAAAAAGCAUUUUUAUUAGCCGUGGACUUAGGAAAUAAGGAUUUAUUUAUGGAUUUGCAUUAUGUAGCUCGUGAUAAAGGAGAAAGAAUUUUGGCAGAUGUUGCAUUACAACACGCAGAUCAGUUAGACGGUCAUUCUAUAGAAGCAGAAAGUAUUACUGAAGAAUCGGAAGAAUACGAAUACUCUACUGAAUUUUCAGAAGAUUCUUCUAUCGAUGAACACUUUGGUUUGAAACCUGAUCGGCAUGCGAAAACUUCAUUAACAAGCGAAUCAUUAGACCUGAAAAUAUACGAACAAAUGACUGCAUCUCAGAUUAUAGAUAAACCAAUUUCUUCAAUAAAUUCAUCUAAUUUAUCACACUUUCAGGAUAAUCCUUGUAAUUCAAGAAGUAUGGGAAUUAAUGGAUCCAUUCACUGGCCCGAUUCUCAAAUUUCCGUAACACAGUCACCAUUUCUUUCUCCAAUUCCUCAUAACAUUCAUAAUAGCAUUCCACUACCAACAACUAUUAAUACAGAUUUGGUAAAUCAGCCUCAAUUAAAUCCAUUAAGUGCACCUAUUACAGACCAAAUAGAUUUUUCUGAUCCAAAUGAACAGUUUGUUGACGACACUGUUCCUGCUAAAUCACUGGACAAUUUUGUAGUUUUAGAACAAGAAUCAUCUAAUGAGGAUGAAGAAAUAGAAAAUGCUAGAGUAAAGUUUGUUCAUUUUGGAAUUAUAUAAUUUAGAAAAUACAAUCUUUAUUAUGUAAUAUAUGUAUUUAAAUACUACUUCAAUUAUAUUUUUAUACUUUUAUAUUAAUUUUUAUUUAAACUACUAUAAAAUAGUAGUAUAAAACUGUAUUUUAGCUAUAACUAAAAAUCUGUAACACAGUUGAAUUAUUUAAUUUGUUUAAGAGUUAGAUAAAUCUUUAUGUAAAAUAUUAGAAUCCAGUUAUGUUAAGACAGAUUAUUACAAUUGAGAAUUUGUCAAAAUCUCAAAAAUAGUAACUGAAUGAAAUCUAUAUAAACCACGUAUGCUAUAAUAAUAUACAAUUCAGAAUGUAGCUUCUCAUAUCCAAACAGUUUAUUAAAUUGCAAAUAAAUCGGGAUUAAAUUAAUCAUUUGGAAUAUAGUUUUUCACAUUCUAUAAUAAAAUACACAACCUCAAAUUGUUUUUGGAAAAAAUGAAAUUAUAAGAAAUCAUUUUCCAAUGUAUUUUGUUAAUCUGAUUUAAGAAUUGUUCCUAUUAAAAUAUUUUAAUAAAAUUUUAAGUGUAAAAGUUAUAAUAGGUAUAAGCAUUACCAUCUUGGACUUGUUUAUACCUGUCAACUAUAUUAAGUAUAUAAGUUUAAUAACAAUAAGACUUUAUUGAUGGACUUCCUAUGAAUAAUAGAGAAUAAAUUCUCCUAAACUUUUAAAAAAUAAUAUCCUUGAUUUACUUAUUAGUCCAAAUCUACUUCCUGAUUUACACUAAUCUGUCAAAAUUGUUUAAAGCCGAUUAUAAUGGACUUCUACUUUCUGUUCUGGAGACUUGUGAAAAUAGUGUGCAAAUCCAAUAAUAUAUUUUUCUUUUAAUAUUUCAUUCCAGGACCUCAAAAGUUAGAACUAUAUUCUCAAAAAUAAAUUUUUAUAAUUACUACAUAAAUACUAAUUGUUUUAUUCUUUAUUAAGUUAAAUAGGAUAAAAACUUUUGGUGGUAGAAAAACUGCCUGAAUCAAUUUUUCCAGUUACAUUUUUUUCUAACCAAUACGAGUUACUAAAACACUUGCAUUUGCAUCAUUUAUUGACUUAUCUACUAAUCUGGCUCACUGAAAUGGACCAGUUGAUGGCAAUUGUAAAUCCAUUCUAAAGUAAAUAUUUAUUGUAAGACAAAUUUUAUUUUAUUAUGUAAAGUCCUUUGUGGAGUGAUAUGAUUGUAUGUUCAUCAACCAACACAAAAGCAAAGGUUUACUGUAUUACUGAAAAGUUUAACAAUAGCAAUUAACUUCAAAAAGUUUUCGAUGCAAAAACGUUGGCCACAACUUAUCUAAUGAAAUUAACAUAGUUCACUUUUUCUUGAUGACAAUUGAUCUUUUGUAGCACUUUCAACCAAUUAAUGAUAACUAAAAUGCCACCUUCCAAAAAGUAUCGGACUUUUAUUUUUUCCGCGUAAACCAAUGAUGCGUGGGGGCCUCUUUCGGUGGAGUUGUGGAGGGGACAGUCAUGCACAGCCCUGAAUUUUUUCCCACCUGCAGGAAGCAUCAGUCGCUGGCAGUCAGCCUAUGAGUGAGAACGUGUAUUGAGCUCUCAUCGGAUUCCACUAAGUUGGAAAAUGACUGAACGUGAGCAGCGAUAUUACAUCAAAUUUUGCCAAAAACCUUGGCGAUACCCAAGUGUAAACCAUUCGCAAGAUUCAGCAGGCUUUCAAGGGACGAUCCUCAAGGCCAAAAAAAAGCGCGGCAGGUCCGCAGCAAUAUCAAGGUCAUGUUGACAGUUUUUUCGACUCUAGUGGGGUGGUGUAUCAUGAGUAUGCACCACAAGGCCAAACCAUCACAAAGGAGUACUACCAGGAGGUCCAUCGUCUUUCCGAUGCUGUGCGACGCAAAUGACCAGAUCUGUGGUUGAUCAAAACUUGGCAGCUCCAUCGUGAUAAUGCAUCCACCCAUUCUGCGCGUCUGAUUCAGGCUUUCGUUGCCAAACACAACACUCCUGUGGUGCGUCACGCUCUGUACUCUCCCCAUAUGACUCCGUGUGACUUUUGGCUAUUUCCCAAGCUGAAAAUGCCGCUAAAAGGAACCCGAUUUUAGUCGAGAGAAGACAUCGUGCGGAAUGCAACGGACCGGCUGAUGGCCAUUCCAAAAGAUGCGUU